ACAUUUACUAAAAUUAUUUAAAAUAUUUAUUAAUCCUCAAAUUUACCUGAGUCAUAUUGACUAAUUAAAUAAAUAAAUUACUUACUGUUAAAUUGGCGGUGAUUAUUUUUCAAAUUUGAAUUAAUUAUUGCAUCAUUGUGUGGGUAUUGAACGAACUGCCGGCUUCUGUAAAAAAAAUCCAGCUUAAUUAUUUAUUUAAUUAACUUGGAUUGUUAAUUGACUGCGUAAUUAAUUUGUUUAAAUAAAUAAUUAUUUAAAAAUAAAUAAGUGCUGAUGAAGAUGAAGACUUCGCCGACAAGUCUGGAGAGUCUAGUGAAGCCUGAGAUAAAAGAUGCCUGCAAGGAUCUUGUUCUUUCGGAUGAACAAUUGCGCAUGUUGAUGACAAGUCUUACUCAUGAAAUAAAACGUGGGUUAUCUAAAGAAACUCAUGAGGAAGCUAUCGUUAGAUGCUACACGACUUACGUUCAAGAUCUUCCCAAUGGAAGUGAAAAAGGAAAUUUCUUGGCACUUGAUCUCGGCGGUACUAAUUUUCGGGUCUUGCUUAUAACAUUAGACCACACGAAUUUUGAUAUGAAAAGUAAAAUAUACGCAAUACCUCAGACACUUAUGUUGGGAUCAGGUACACAAUUAUUCGAUCAUAUUGCUCAGUGUCUCGCGCUCUUUGUCAAGGACUUGAAAUUAGAGAAAGAAGUUUUACCGCUUGGUUUUACGUUCAGUUUUCCCUGUACUCAGCAUGGUUUGACGAAGGGUAUAUUAGUACGAUGGACAAAAGGAUUUAAUUGCAGUGGAGUCGUCGGCGAGGAUGUUGUUGCUCUACUUGAGGCUGCUAUUGCGAAAAGAAAUGAUGUCAGGAUUGACGUCUGUGGAAUCUUGAAUGAUACCACCGGAACACUCAUGUCUUGUGCAUGGAAGAAUCACAACUGUAAAAUCGGUUUAAUUGUCGGCACAGGAAGCAAUGCUUGUUAUGUUGAAAAAACUAAAAAUGUUGAGUGCGCGAUCCCUGGUAAUUACAAUCCGAACAAAGAACAUAUGCUGAUUAAUACUGAGUGGGGCGCAAUGGGUGAACGCGGUACUUUAGACUUUGUUGUAACUGAAUUUGACAGAAUCAUUGACGAAAAUUCAAUAAAUCCUGGAACACAGAUAUUUGAAAAGAUGAUUUCCGGUAUGUACAUGGGUGAAUUAGCCAGGCUUGUACUGGAGAAGCUUGUUGACGCUGGUCUUCUGUUCAACGGCAAAUGUCCGCCGGAUCUAAAAAAGCGAGGAAAAUUUUUCACGAAAUAUGUCUCGGAAAUUGAAGCAGAUCCAAAGGGUAAAUACACAAACUGCCGAGAAGUUUUAGCAGAAUUAGGUAUCGUCAAUGCAGCUGAUCAAGACUGCGAAAAUGUAAGAUACGUUUGCUCAGUAGUAUCGAGAAGAGCAGCUCAUCUCGCUAGCGCAGGAAUCGCGUGUUUGCUUAAUAAAAUUGGAGAAAAUAACGUAACCGUCGGAAUUGACGGUUCAGUUUAUCGAUUCCAUCCUCAUUUCCACGAUCUUAUGACUGAAAAAAUCGGCCAGUUACAGAACUACACGUUUGACCUAAUGUUAUCAGAAGACGGAAGUGGUCGUGGUGCAGCAUUGGUAGCAGCUGUCGCCGCGCAAAAACGGUGAAGUCAAUCACCGACUAAAUAAAAUAAAUUUAUUAUAGAAUAAUUUUUAAAAUAAAGUGCGAAUUUCAUACUAAAAUUAACACAGCAAAAUAACAUUAAUAAUAAUUAUUAAGGUCAUUCUCAGACAGUGUCCCCACUUUUUAAAAAUUUUAAAUGACUCAACUGUCAUAAGCGUAUCAAUUAAUUAAAAAAAAAUUAAAGCAUUAAUUGAAAAAAGGACAACGUAGUCGUAAUUUCGCCGAGGUACAGUUUUAAAAAAAAUUAUUUCCACUUGAUAUCAACUAGGAGUUAAGCAAAAUUCGUUAAAUAAAUUUCAGUAAAAUCGUCAUGUCAAUUUUAUAAUUCGAAUUUUUAAAUUUUGGCGGCUAAAAUUUAUUCAACAAAUUUCGUUUAACUCCCAAUUGAUGUCAAUUGUAAGUAAUUUUUUUAAAACUCUACUCAACGAAAUUACGACUACGUUGUCCUUUUUUCAAUUAAGGUUUUAAUUUUUUUUAAACUAAUUAAUAAAAUUUUAAUACGUAUGACAGUAUAAAGUCAUUGCAUAUUUUUAAAAAGUGGGGAGAGACUGUUUGAAAAUGCCCUUAAAUGAAAUAAAAAAUAAUAAUAAUAAUGAUUGACACCUAACUUGUACAUAGAGCACAAACAUUUGUAGCCUACAUGGAUCGUUGAUAUUUAUUAGGCUCUUGUUUCAUACGUUCUUACUCGAAAAAAUUAUUGACUAAUUUGAGUAAGACAAUAAUAAUAAUAAUAGAAAUAAUAAUAUAAUCGCGUGCCCAUAUAAAUCAAUGAGAUUGACAGUUAAUUAAUUAACUGCUUUCUCACGUGAUUUGUAUGCUCAGGAUAUACAGAUUACAAAUUAAUUACAUGUAUAUUAACGGGCAUGUGCACUUGAAACAGUAGACAGGAAUAAUUAUGUGUUACUUAUAUAUAUAUAUAUUUUUCUUCUUUACUUAUUGUUUUCUUUUUUAAUCACAAAGCGCAGUGGACAUAAUAAAAUUAAAAGUCAGUUUGAAUUUUUGAAAAUAGUAAGAGAUGUGUACACUUUGUAUGAACUAGUAAUUUUAUUUUAUGAGCAAUUGUGAAUUUGUGUGCUUGUGUGUGAGUAUAUAUGCACGGAUAAAGAUUAACAAAGAUAAUAUUUAUGUAUAAAUAAUAAUAAUAAUAAUAAACUGCGCUUAGGACAAUUUAUAAGUUAUUUAUAUUGUCAGUUUAUCUUGACGCGCGUAAAUUAUUGGACGUGCAGGCGGUAGUGUUACAAUUUUACUCACAACAUUUUUACUCAAAAAAAGUGGCUACAAUUCUACUCACUCACAACUUUACUCAGUUAUAUCUUUACUCAGCUACAACUCUACUCACAUUUUUAAUACCCGGUGUAAAAAAUUAUUGUUCAUAAUGAAUUUCGAUAUAAAUUUAAUCUCGAAACUCAGAUCGUGACACAAAUAUGACUUUCAUCAUGAAUUUGUAUCAAAAACUUUAAUCACGUCAAAAUUAUGACAGUAAAAUUUAAAUCCAAGUGAUCCGAAGUUCAUUCACUAAAUUAAUUUUACAAUCGAAACUGAUUUACGUAAAUCAAGUACUUUAUAAAACAAGUUUAUUGGUAAUUUCUGAAUUGAUAAAUUUGACAAAAGGUUUAAUUCAGUAAAAAAUCAGUCAAGUUUCUAUCGAAGCCAUCCCAAGUCCAAUUCAAAGACGUAAUAAAUUAAUUUUAUAAUUGGUACUGAUUUACUAGACGAAAAGUUGGAGUAAAUUCAUGAUGAAAGUCAUAUUUGUGUCACGAUCUGAGCUUCAUCAUGAAAUUCAGACCUAAAUUCAUUAUGAACGAAAAUUUUUUUUACACGGGACGUGAGGAGUUGAACCUGAGUAAAAAAACCUCGAGUAGAGUCGAGGCUGAGUAGAAUUGUAGCCAAUUUCUUUGAGUAGAGAUCUCGUGAGUAGAACUGUAACACUGCCGUGCAAACGAAUUAGGUUUUAAAUUUUUAAAUUUACUUGGAAGAUACAUAGUCGUUGAAAUAAACUAUUAUCAAUAUUUUAAAUAAAUAUGAACGAGAUAUACUGCUGUAUGAUAGUUUUAAAAUAAUUAUUUAAUGUCUUCCUUUGCUAAACUUUAUUCUGUAAAUUAUUUAAUAAGAAUAUUGACUUGUCGACUGUGUAAAGUUGAUAUGUAAGCGCUGCUUUCUGUCUAGUUUGCUAUCAAAUUAUUUUUAGUUGCCAUGAGUAUUUAUAUAUUUUUUUUUUCAUUGUUUAUUUUUUUAAUUUUACUCCUAUCAUGCAGCGUUUAAUUAAUUGUUCAGAUAAGUACUUAAAAAUAAUCGAUUGAGAACUUGAAAUUUUUAUUUUUACUGGAAAUUAUUAAUAGUGUUGAUAUUAAUGUUGUAAAAAAAACUCCUUAAUAAAUAAAUCGUUUCAGUAAAAUAUAAAUAAAUAAAUAAAUAAACGAAUGAAAUAUUAUUGUACUUUUUUAUGUUCUGAAGUAUGGAAAAAUUUUUUCAAAUGUAUCGUUCAAGUUGGAGAAUAAAAAACAUCUUUAUUCUUUGAAGA